UGAAAAGAUUCACGGGUCAUAGAUUUUGAAUAUUAUAGUGCUAUGUAAGAAUUAUUUAAUUUCAAAAAGCCUAACUAAUACGAGUAUAAGAAUAAUUCGAAUAUGUUAAAGAUUUGUCCCUGAAGGAGAAAUAUUGAAAAUUUUUUUGGUUUACAUUAGACGGCGAAAAACCAUCAUUUUUAUAACAAAAAGUCAAAAAGUACAUUGCAGCGAAAAAUGUGGAGAUUAUCCAUUAUUAGAAAUAGAAAAUCUCUUCAUUAACACAAGAGCUAUUUCCUACGAAAAAAUAGAUUUACGAAUGGACGAACUGAGAAUUGAAAUUUAUAAUCAAACACAAAUGGAUCGCUUGCUCUAGCUGUUUUGGCGCUCGUUAAAGAAUGCCGCACGAAAUUCAAUUUGCUCUCAGCGCAAAUGUUUGCUGUUAUUUACAUAUAUUUUUGCUACUGUUGGCCACUUGUCGCACAAUUGAGUUCACAUGGCAUGAGGGCCAAUUUCUGUUUGCGACAGCGCUUCGUUGCUUUUGCCACGCUGGUUUUUAUACAUACUUAUACACACACACACGUCAUUUGGCUGCGAGAAUGGCAGCUGCAGCAAGCAGCAUACAUAGGUGGUAAGAGCAAUGAAGCGGCAACAUUUACACUAAUAAUUUAGCCACAUUCUCUCUGAGCCAUUAGUGCGCUUGAGGUAAACACUCAGAGAGCGCGCGUUUAUAUGCGAGUGUGUGGCACUUUUUUAGGGGUUGAUGACUGUUUGUUGUCGCCUUUGCUUUUAACUGUUUCUCUUCGCAUGGCUUUCAUUCUUUAUUUUACUGUUUUGAAGCGUUUUCGCUUAACCCUUGUCCGUUGGCGUCUUGCCACAUACUCAUUCAUGUUGCUAACAGUUAUUCACAGCGAAUGUCAGCAGCCACUUGCCACCAAUUCUCGACGACCGUCUGCUGCCACAGCGUCGUCGACCUGCAGUUCGUCUGUCCAGCCAUUUAACUACGGUUGACGGCUGUCGGCGACGGCAGACGUGCUGUAUCACAUUGUGCUGGGUUGUGUUUCGUUUUGGCCAACUGUUGUGCGCGCUCCUUUUGCCGUGUUGUGCUUCCGCUGUCGCUUGUGUUGUGCUCCGACCGCGCAGCGCAAAGGCAGCCAGCCAGCUCGUCAAGUGGAAUUCAUUUCAGUUUCAUUUCAAACGUCGUGCGGUGUUCAAGUGUUUUGCGGCCCGUUUCUUCCGCUUAUUCGAGUUGAAUUUCAUUUUAAACGCGUCCGUUUUCAAUUCUCUUGCACAUAAUACAAACACACACUCAUAAAUUUUUGAAAAGCAUUUAAUUUAAAAAAAAACACCGUUAUUGUGUUGCUGUGUGUACGACGACGACAGCCGGGAACCGUUGUGAUCAAAAGGAAACGAGUAGCAACAAUAAAAAAGUAAAUUACUACACACAAAAAUAAAAAUAAAAAGCUCUUACAAAAAUUAAAUUUGAUUUUCACGAUUUUGUGAAUUUUAUGCGACACAAGUGGAAAAGUAAAUCGUAAAUUUUGAAUUCUUCUGGUAAGCCGACACAUUUGUUCACUCCCUGAAGUGGAUUCAAAGGCGAAAUGUAGCAAAAGUGUGUUCAGUUGAUUGUGAAAAGAAUAUUGUGCAAAAUAUGCUCGAUAUAAAAAAUUGAGGCCAAAGUUAAUUUAAGACUAUACACAUGAUUAGUGAAACAAAGCAAAAACAAAAACAUAUCUGUACAUGUGGCAUAAUUUCAGCGAAAUAGCAACAAAAAUACAAUAUUUGAAAUAUUUGUACUAUUAUUAAUUAGAAAUAUUUUACAUACAAUAUUUAUUUGUCGGGUGAUUUGUGGUAAAAAUAAAAGCAUUUGGCAACAAAAUUAUGCCUGUCUAAUAAAAAUUUAAAAAGUAUAUAUUUUUAAUAUGAAUCAUAUAACCAAAAUAAAAAAUUCCCGAGUUUAUUGCUUCUGUCACUGCUUUAAUUAAAUGAGACCAAACUGCUUAGAGAACUCACAACGGUCAAGUCUGGUUUACAUAGCGAGCAGAAAAAUUGAAGCCGAGCGCAUUCUUCAUACAAUUUAAUUGUAAGUACACUUCGUUGGCUGACUUCCUAAACUCACUGACUAACUGUCUGACUGCUUGUAAGCUUAAACGAGAGGGGAAUUUUGAAUUACCGCUUCGCUGGCCACCGGAAAUUCCUUUAAUGACCAAACAAUACCAUAACAGAAAGAAAAAAACUAAGUAAAACGAAACAAGUAUUGCUUCCUACUCUACAUUCAGUUAUACUUAGUACUCACUAGAAGGGUGAGAACUAAUAAAAAAGAAUGCAAGCGGUUGUAAAGCUGUGAGGCACGUAUCGGCUAAAAUGUUUCGUUCACGCUCAGAAGUUUAGGCUAUUUUGCCGGUACAAAUACCAAUGCAGCUUAAAGAGCGUGUAAUAAAAAAGAGAGCGAAGACAGCGCAACGAGUCAGAGCGUAAAGAGAGAGUGCGUUGCCGGGGGAGAUUUCGAUGCGGUUUUUGUGGCGCCUAAUUCAAGAGUAUUCUUUUUUUGUUGUUGUGUGUGCGUGUGCAUGUGAGCAGGCUCAUGCAUAUGUGGCGCUGUUUGGACUAUGGUGGCACGUCUCGUAAAUUUGCAACGCAACGUUACAUUUUAUUGUUCUUGAGGCCAUUUUACACAGCCGACUUUCUCACAAACAUACAUAUAUGUCAAUUGUUUGUAUGUAUGUGUCUGUUGCUGCCAGAAGUACUGUUAGGACUAAGUCUAAUGUUAUUUUAUUUCUUUUAUUCGGCUGCAAUUACUUUUGUUGCUUUAGUGUUCGUUCUGCGAUCUCAGCUGUUGCCUAGCGGCAUCAAUGCCACUUAGAGAGAGGCGCAAUAUGUUUGAAAUAUUCGAACUCGGCUUUUGCUGCUAAUUUAUUGCGCUGCUACGGCAGCAAUACACACAUUGUUGCCCAAUUAUCGCGACUAAAUAUGAGAUGAGCGCGUGCGGCUGUGUGGCCCUGCCAGACAGCGACCUUAAGCCCUGUAAAAUCGGCAUUAGUUAAAGACAAUUUUCCAGCGCUCAAAUGAAAAUCCAAUAAAACUUAACUUAGCAUUUUAGAAAAUGUGAAUUAUGCGCAUGAGUGCACUUGUACAUGCCGCGCAUGAAGCAUACUUGUAGGCGCACGCGGCAAAUUAGGGAUUCAAAUUUACAAACGCGGAUUUCAGACAGAAAAAGAAUAUUACCGACCACAAAAAUAAAAACAACGACAACGAAAAAAGAAUAAUAACAACAAAAAGUAUGACAGUUAUCGCUAAGCUCGCACGAUUGCGAUUGUUGAGCAUAAAUUCAGUGGUAAUUCAUCUGACAAAAGUUAAGUUGACAAGCGAGCAUUUUUCAAACAGACAGCGAACCAAAUAACCAGCUAACAACCCAAGUCGAUGCGAAAAGUUUGAGUUUGGGAGAAAUGUAAAAUGACAGCUAUUAAAUUGGGAUUAAACAGCUUGCUACGCGUCUUUAAUUUAAAUGAGCACAUAUUUAGCUACAUGAUAAUAAACAGCAGUUGCUUUGAUAAUGCAUUCACGCCUUUAUAAAUUGUAGAUUUCUUUCCGAUCGAAAGCUUUCCAUAAACUCUAGUUUUAGUAUUCCCUAGCACUUCAGUCUCUAGCAAGCAGAGCGGCAAUAUUGACCAUGAUCCCACUGACUGUGCUCUCAUUAAUCUUCUUCAGUUUUAGACUUGUUGCAGUAAUUAUCCACAGCAGAAUCGCUAGGAACUAAUGUCUAUGAGCUUCCAACAAAGUGUACUAUCGCCCUAAUGUCAUCACACUGGUAGUGAGUCGGAGCUCCAUUGAUUGGACAAUAUUUAAUAGGCAUCAUGCGGUGAAGUGAAAUAUUUUCACCAGAGCCACUUGUCAAUAAUUUUUUCGGCAAUCUUUGAUUCGAAUUUUUCAACUGUUCUAAGGCGACUGUAUCGUGUUCAAAAUCUAAAAACAAAUCCGCAAAUCUUAACAAAAGACUUUCAUGUUCUCUUUAACUAUUUGUGUUUCAUGGAAAUCUUGCGCAUUUUAGGUUAGCCUAAUAUUAUAUUAAAGUUAUUUAAGAGAACUCGAAAUGGAUCUCAGCAGUAAUUAUAAUAUACUUUUGAAAAACAUUUUUAAGAUUAGCUAUUUUUACUAUCAUUCGAAAAUAAUUUAUUAACAUCCAUAUAAAUUUUAGAAAUAUUCUAAAUGAUUUUUCUCCAUAUAUUUAUGUGAAAAUAUUUUUAAAAUGUACAUAAGCAUAUCAAAGAAUAUCAACCAACUAAGAAACGUAUGCAUACUCAUACAAGAACAUACUACAAAAAGAAAACAAUUUCUUGUGUGCUGUUUUAUUUAACGCCAUUAGUCGUCAACAAAUGCGUGACAUUGAAAUACGUCUGUAUGUAUUGUUAUGAGAGUAUAUCUGUAUCGCACCGGAAGCAAGAACUACCAUUAGUUUUUAUGUGAAUUUCUUUCAUUCGACUAUGACCACAUGAAAGGUGUCUAAAUUUAAAAGUAUUACAAAAUCGUUUUGUUAUUUGGAAAAACAAUCUAAUGAGCGCAUAAAUUUCACACAUCACUUUUGUUGCUGCUGUUUUUGUUGUAUCUGAAAAAUAUUUAUAUAUAAGCAUUAAAGAAAUGAAAAUGUGCGCGUAAACAAACAGCUUGAAAAACAAAUAAUGAAUAAUUGAUUGGGACACUGUUGCGCUUCUUGCGAUGUGUUUAACAAAUGCCGUUAAUAUCGCAGCAAAAUUUUAUAAACACCUGCCAAUUGAUGAACCAGCGAAGCAAUAAAAAGGAUUUAUUUGAGUAUAAAUGGUAGCUGGUUCUGCGUUAAAUUUAUUUUGGGCAACAUAUUUGGAUACUUUUCGAAAAACAUAUUCCUUUGUUGACUGCAUUUGCCAUUGAACGAGCUUGAAUGAAGCGGAAACUCAGAACUAAGCAGCAAAUAAAGAAAAAAGACGUGACGCCCAAAAAGUCCAAUUCACACUGACACCGAAAUUAAAGCAGCUCAGAUCCUGCAAAGUAAAAAAUACGCUCUCGAAGGUAACUGUGGAAACAAAUGCAGCACCACAAGAAAAAGGGAAGAGAAUGUGACAAUUCACGAGAAAAAAGAUAUUCGAUUUUCGGACUCGCAUUUCAGCUAAUGAAGGCAGCAAGCUUGUGAUGACCUCCAGACAAUUUUAUUCAAUAUGCAAACACCAACGCAACAACAACAAGUGUGCAAAUAAUAAUAAAACGAACUUGUGAAUAGCAAACAAAGUGGUGGAUGAAAACGUAGAAUGUUUGAACAAAAUUCAUGAAGAAAAUUAUAAACUCAAUGAAAGCGGGCAUAAACCAAAACCAAGAGUUUGCGUUAAAAUACAAGAAAUUUCAUCAAAAUUCACAUAUUUCUAAACUCAUUAUCAGAAAAUAUAUAUGUAGUGAUAUAUAUAUAUGUAUUAAAAAAAUUUAAUUAUUUAUUAAAAUUUUUGAAAAUCAAGAAAUCUGUAUUCCGUGCGUGAGAUAUUCGAUCUUAUAGAGGAAAAAUAAAUUAAACGCAACUACAGCAAACUCUUUGAAAAGCAGAUGCAGUGAAUUAUUAAAACGUCAGCCAAACUGUCAUAUGUGUAUUGCGUAAACACAUAAAUAUAAAAACACAUAUUUGUAUAGAAAACACUAUUCUGACAGAGACUGAGAAUUGAGAACAAAAAAUUUCAAAACUUCACAGAGCACAAUCAAAACGGUUCGAAACAAGCACAGCAUGGAAAUAAAAACCAAUAGACCGACGAACAUAUACACAUAAAAACAAACAAAACUCCAAAUAAUAUACUUGCGACCAACCGCCGGCGGCGGAACAGUAGAAUCGACCCUGAAAGAGUAAAAGGAGCACCAGACGACAACACCGACGACGACAAAGUCAAUGACGUAGACGAAGACGAAUGUAUAAAUACAGCAACAAAUCUUUGCAUAAAACGAGCAAUGUCAAUGCGAGUUCUUAAACAACAACAACAAAUGAAAACAUACGAGCUGAAAGUGAGCGAGCGCAGAAACAACCUGAGAUAUAAGAAAAAUUGUAUGUAAACGUUGUUAAAAACAAAUUUAUAGCUUAUCGAAUAUCAAAACGGCAACAAGAACCUUGGUUGCAAAAUUGAAGCAUUUUCAAAGCUAUUGAAAUUCAACAUUAUCAAACUAUUUUAAUAUUCAACCAAUCUAGUCGUUUAAAACAACAAAAUUUACCUACAUAAUAUAACAACAAGUUGAUGCAACAUUUGCUUGCAACAUGUUGCUAGCCAUACGAAGAGCACCACCCACAAUGGUGGUCCAAAAUGCCCACCACAACAUAGUUAUCGGCAUGCUGUUGGCAGUGUUACUAACAUUGGUGUGCAGCUCACCCGCGCAAGCAGCGAUAGAUGAAACACUGAGCGAACACGAAGGUAAAUCGGUGGUGAUACCCUGUCCGGUCAACAAAGCCAAAUGCGGUGAUCUGCACUCGAUAAAUUGGUUUAAGGGCGACGAUCGCAUUGCGGCGAUGCUAUUGGGGGACAGCAAUGUGACGAGUGUAUCAGACGAGUAUGCGAACAGAGUCACAGUCGAGCAAAAUCCAUUUAGAUUAGUAAUAAAAGACCUAAAAAUAGCUGAUGAGGAUAUCUAUCUUUGUGAUACAACAUUUCUUAUACCAAUCGAAACGUGUGAUAAUUUCAACGGUUAUCGUGUCGAGUUGAAUGUCUUAGUGCCACCAACGGAGGUUGUAAUUCUGGAUGAAAAAGGUGAUUGCAUCGAGAAUGGUUCCAUCAUUGGACCCAUGCAGGAACGUCAAACAUUGAAAGUGUCAUGUGUCGUACAGAAUACACGACCGCAACCACAGGUCGGCUGGUGGCGAGGAAAUAAGCGACUAUUGACGCAUUCCGCUUCCUAUGUUGAGACGGAUGGUCUGUUCACUGCCACGCUGGAGUUGAAUUUGGAGUUGUCACGUGAUGAUCUGGCGAGAGAUAUUGAAUGUCGUGUCGAAUCUGCAGCACUGCCAAAAAAGCUCAUCAAUAAGUUUCGUGUCGAUUUACAAGUGCGUCCGACGAGUAUAUCCAUCAAUGGUGUGGAACAUCAUACGGUGCAGGGCAGCAAAGUGGUGCUGACAUGUGAUAUUCAUGGCGCUCGGCCAGCAGUGAAUUUGACGUGGUUCAAUUCCUCUACAGUCAUUAGUCCCGAAGAAAAUGAUUUAACCGAAAUUAGAACAAAGGCGUUCGAGAAGGACGACGGCACGUAUCACACGCAGUCGGAGCUUAUCUUCAACGCGACACGCUUCGAGAAUGACAUGAUUUUCCGGUGCGAUGCGGACAACGUGGUACUGCAGAUAAACCGGGAAAAACCAUUCACAUCAUCGUUGACGCUAGAAGUUCUGUAUCCACCAGUGGUUAAGGUUAGCCCACCCGAGAUUACGGUAAACACUAGCGACACUGUGCUGCUCAACUGCGAAUAUGUUGCAAAUCCAGCGUCGCUGACGCAAGUCAUGUGGUAUCGCAACGGUGAUUUAGUCAAUGUCAACGACACGGAACGAUACGAGGGUGGCAAUUCCGAGAACGUUGCACUGGUUAUACGCUCCACCGACAAGGAGGAUGUCGGCAACUACACCUGUCAACUAUCAAAUGUUAUCGGCAAGGGCAUAUCCGAGCAGCAAAUCGACCUAGAUGUACAGUUUGUGCCAAUUGUAGAAGUGCUGAUGAUACCCGAGGGUCCCGUUAAGGAGAGUGACGAGUCGAAUGUUACUCUCUACUGCAACAUCUUGGAAGCUAAUCCGGCAUUGCUGACAAAAGUGCGUUGGUAUGCCAAUUCGACGUUGCUCAAAGAGCUGCCCGAUUGUGAGGAGACAAAGGAGGACUUAUGCCACAUUGAUCCAAGUAAAUUGCUGUUGGAGAGCAUUGGACGUGGCUUCUUCUACAAUUACUCUUGUGAAGGCUACAAUGCCGCCGGUUGGGGACCACGUAGCGAAGAUAAAGAGUUAAUGGUACACUACGAGCCAGGUCCAGCCAUGCUCACCCACUUUCCGUUGAUUGCGGUGAAGAAGAAGAGUGUGACAUUUUCGUGCUCUGUCGACGACCCUGGAUAUCCAGAAUCGAAUAGAUUCCGUUGGCAGCGCGGUGGACUUGGACCCUUGCAGGAUAUCGUUACCAAAGAUUGGACUGUGGAGCCGGUGGGUUUGGAUAGUCGCACCAACUACUCUUGCUAUGCUUACAAUGAGGGAGGCAAGGGCUCCAUGGCUAGCGUUAAUCUAGAAGUGCAUGCACCACCAUUCUUCAUCAAGAAUCUAGUGCCAUAUACGGGGAUGUUGCACACAUCGCGCACGGCAAAUCUAACAUGUCGCAUCGAAUGUGUGCCACGCUGUGAAAUCACAUGGUUGAAGGGCACCGAGCCCAUUGAAAAGAACGACACGCGGUACUUCAUCAAGGAGAAAUAUGUGGACGCGUCACCAGCAACGGGCGACUUUGAGAGCAUGCUUUCAGUGUUGCACUUUAACAUGUCAAAUUGGCCCAAUCAAAAGUUCGACAUCGAAUCAGAUAGCGCAAACUACACUUGUGUAUCUACAGGAAACACCGUUGGACCCGGCAUCAAAAGCGCCACUUACUUUUCUAUAGAAUAUGCGCCGGAGAACUCAACCGUUUCGGAGGAGAAGGUUUCCGUGCAAGAGGGCACUAUACCCGGACGUGUCAUUUGCAAUGCCAAAGCUAAUCCGAGCGCUCACUACAGUUGGUACUUCAACAAUACAAAACUGGGACAGGAUCAGGCGUUAAUCAUCAACAAACCAAUGACACGCAAUGACUCCGGCGUCUACACAUGUGUUGCCUCCAAUAAGCACGGCAAGAGCCCAGCCGAAACAAUCAUCGAUGUACAAUUUAAGCCACGUUGCGAUAUUGAAAGGCACGAGAUCGAUGACCAGGAUACACUAAUUUGCACAGCAUUCGGAAAUCCUGUAGAGGCUGAUUUUUCAUGGUCAAUUAAAGCGGAAAAUGACAGCGCCGAAUGGCUGGGCAGUGGCGAGCGGCAGGGUUUUACAGACAAGAGUUUUUAUGUGUUGGACGAUGACUAUGCGAUUGCUCGAACUUACCGUUGCGUUGCGAACAACACCGUCGGCCCGGGCUCAUUCUGUGAAAUCGAAGUGGCCGCGGGUUCACCACUAUAUGUCUGGUGGCAAGAACAACUAGUAUGGUGGCAACGUUGGGAUAAAACGACGCUCAUCAUAUUGGUAGCCUCGAUAUUGGCGCUACUUUUGGCCGUGAUAAUUAUCUGUUGCAUCAUCAUUUGCAUAUGCCGCCGACGCAGACGUCAAGAUAAAUUACAAGACAAGUCAUCUUCACUGGGGGAUCCAUUGACGGAACCUGGCGAGUAUGAGAAUCUACCAUUUCAUGGUCUGCAAACGGCUCCUAACAAGUUCUCUACGACUCUUACAAAUUUUAAUAACAACACCAAUGUGGUGCGCGUUGCUCCACGACCCAAGAGACUCAAUGGAAAUAUUGGCCCGCAACAGCACCAGCUGCAGCAACAGUACGAGCAGGACCAGUACGACCAGCAAUUUCAAUAUCAUCAACACCAACAGCAUCAUCAACAACAACAUCAAUACAAUACCAUGCAAUAUGUCGGUGCCGGUGGACGAGUGAUAACAACGAAUCCCCAACAGCAGCAAUCGCACACAAUGAAUUCCCACAACAAAAGUAUGCUGUCUCUUCAUCAACAACAUCAGCAGCAGCAUAUGCCGAUAUCAACUGCCGACGGCACCAGCGGCAGCGUCAGCGGCGGUAUGAUUGGGGCAGGCAAUACAGAUCCUGGUGGCAGCGGUUAUAUGAACGGCAAUGUCGGCGGCGGCGGUGCACCCCAUCAAAUUACAUACAAUCUGAAUAAUUGCUUUCCGAAAAGCUACACAGAAUAUUAUCACCAGCAGCAACAGCAAAAACAUAAAAAUGGCGCCUCGAAUAACACUUCCAGUGCUCAAUUUUUAAAUGGCUUCGAACAUGAAUACCCCAGCUACACGGUGGUUGAACGCAACACCGCUGCUGCUAGCGCCACCGAUAUGGGCGGCAUAGGUGGUCAAAGUCCGCGCGCUGGUUCAGCACCCACCCCAGCUGCAGUCAGCACCAACCCCUUCUUGGCUAUCAACAAUUUUAAAAAAUAUGACACCAGUGGUUACACGACGGAUAAUGUGUAUCAGCCGCACAUACUGAACAUAACUGGCAGUAGUUCGAUGCAGCGCAGUGGCAAGCGGAAACCCAUGCUAGAUGCCAAAAUAGAGGAUAAGAAAUUCUACUCGCUGAAAUUCACCGGUGUUGGCGGUAAGAACAAGGCACCGCAUGUGGUCCACAAGUCGCCGGCGAGUGGUUUGUUGAACGCGUCCAUGAUUUGGCACGGUGGCAGCAGCAACAGUGGCAAAUGUAAGCGACAUCAUUCUUUUGCUGGUGGUAGCAUUGGCGAUAUUGAUUCCGCCGGCCCGGGCGCCCAACACAACACCCACCAAGUGAAAUCUUCGGCUUUAAUGCGCUUCUACGACCCGCCCGCCUAUGAGAACUUGGCUGGUGACAACACGGCCGCAGUGCAGGUACACGAGUGCGCCGUAGAGGCGCAUUCAUCGCCUGCCGCUGGUGGUAUGACUGGCACGGCCACCAUAUUGCUACAUCCGCAGCCUACGGCUAGCGGCAGCGGCGUAAGCAGCAGUCAUGCAACGGCUGGACAAACGGGCCACAAGAAAAAACAUCACCAUCGCCAACACCAGCAGAAGGAUGAUUUCAAUUUGAUCGAACCGGAACGUCUGAGCAUCUAUCGGAGCGAUUCGGGCAUUUCGAACAGUUCAUAUGAGUGCGUUACGUCGGGGCCACCACCGCCGGGUAGCACGCUCACCGCAAGUGCUCUGAAUGGCACACCGCCACCAAAAACACCAAAAGGUAACAAAUUAGCGAAACACCCGUCCACUGUUAGUAGCGGACCCAGCACUGGCAGUUUCGUCAAUGGCGCUAAUUGUAAGAAGUCCGUUCGUCAACUUGGCGGCAGUAAGUGCAACAUUGCGAACGCUACAGCUAGCGGUACCUCGCUGCCCGUUUAUAUGAAUGUGGAUGGUCAGCAUGUAAGCACGUUCGAACGCUCAUGUUCGCCCAGUUCUAACUUAGUCAAUUCCUCGUAUGAGUCGGCUUCGUCUUCACAAAAUGACGGCCAUGGCGGUCAUGGCUCAACAGAUCCGACGUCCAUGUCCUCAUGCAACUCGUUGCAAAGUAGCGGUACCGGUACUCUAAUUGGCGUGGCCCCGCUAAUGAAAACGGGUGCAGGCCUAACGGCUCCCCAUUCUGGUCUGCAUCAAAAACCCGCCGAAAUUACAACGCCGGAGGAGUACGAACAAUACCAGCUGGGUCACCACCGCCACUCUGCCUCCUCGCUUAGUGCAGCAAGCACGGUGAGUGCCAGUGGAACGCGUCGUUGUAAAAAACAACUAAUCAUGUUAGCGCCAGCGGUAUCUGUUACAGGAAACGAGCAUUAUGCUAUUGGCGUCACUAAUCCAUUUCUAGCAAGCGAACGCGAUGUCACAGCGACCGGCUGCGCUACCAACGCCACCUCCUCCGCCGACGGGUACAGUUCCCCCGGCAGAGAUAAGAAACUACGACGAAAGACUAUCAGCGACCCCUACGCACAUAUCCGUUAUAUCAGCUACAGCAGAAGCGCCGCCAACAACAACAGCAACAACGGCGCAGCCGACUGCCAAGCACAUGCCCACAAUUAUCGGGCCAAAUGUGCGAACAAUGCGCUCGAGGCAGCAACAACAGCAGCAGCAGCACAUCAUCAGCAACAGAAAGUUAAAUUACAACAACAACAUGGCAACAACAAUAGCUGCAAACAUCAACAAUCAUUGCUAAUCCCGCGAAAAUUGCGCAACAACAACAAAGAACACGGCAACAACGACGAUGAGGAUGUUGAUGAGCACAACAACAAGGAUGUUGCAAUGUUCCAGCAGCCACGAAGCAGAUUAGUACCUUUAGGUGGUAAUGCUGAUGAGAGAAAUAUUGUUGAUGUUACUAAGAAGACUGCCACUACAGAAGACCGCACGUGUGUCGAGAAUGUUGCUGGUGGGGCUGAUGUCAGCGCGGAAGCAAUGCUGCCAUAUAUCGACGAUGUUCAAAGUGCAGAAACAACAACAGCCACAUACGCCGCACACGGCGAUUAUCUACCACGUCGACCAGUUAAAUUGCCGCUACGCAAAUAUCAUACUUUCCACUUUCAGCCUUCGCAAACGGUGGCCGGCACACUACGUCACUGCCAAUUUCAGCAAUUACGUAUUCAAAUGCAACACAAACAACCACUACAACACUACAAGCUACCCGCACAACAAGCAGAUAAUGCCGAGCUUACGACUCCCGGCCAAUCUCCAACUACCAUUAUUGCCGAAACUGCCGCCGCAGCACGUCCAACUAGACGCUAUGCAACCGAAGGUGGACCACUCGUUUUCCGGCCGCUCUCCUGGCACGAGCAGUGCACCUUCAAGCCAAUAUCAUCCCCAGUUGACGCUGCUGAAGCGCCAGUCGUCCACCCCAUGAUAACAGAAAUACCGUUAGAGAAAAGACGCUCAGAGGAGGAAAAAGAACAGCCGGAAUUGAGCGAAGAACUUUUAGACGAUAUCAAACAAAUCACUAGAAGUGUACAAUUACAACAUGUAAGCCUUAAUCCUGCCGCUUCGCUGGAGGCGCUCGAAGCACUUACCAAACACCAUCCCGAGUUAAUUUAUGUCACCAAACCGGGCACACGUCAGAAUCUGCACAAGCAACUUGCACUGCCGGAACAGUGGAAGAACCAACUGGACGUUGAAAAUUACCCAACCGCUAGCCAAACCUCUUCACAGGACUACACCGCAGCGCGAAGUGAUAGUAACACUAAAGUGGACGAAGUCGCCGCAAAUGCUACGCUUGACGCUCAGUGCGACGAAGAGGAAGAUCUAGGUUAUUCUUUCUGCGAGGACGACAAUGAAGAUGAAGGCAUUGAGGAACUAGUAGGCGAGGGUGUUGAAAGCAGAGAAAUUGAAAGUGCUGAGGAGCAGCGCACAAUCAUUCAUACGUCGGAGUCGCCACGUGUGGUACUCUCUGCGGGGCGCAAUGGUGGUCACGUGAAAUACAUGCUGCGGCAAAGCUACCGCGAAGUGCAUAUUUAGUUGCCACAAGCAACGUGCCCUUUCUGAUAUUCUAAAGUUGGAUUACAAAGCGCCGCCAACCAGUCAACAUUAAUAACUGUAAAUAAAUACCAAAAAUUCCAAUUUAGUUUAAAGUGCAUAUUGUUCUGCUCUGGCAACAAGCGCCCAUGCAAAUAAAUUAAAUCGAGUAAGUACGUGCAUUGAGUUCUAGUUAUGUGUAAUUACUUAGUUGUAACUGCAUAUAUAUACAUACCCAGCUGUAGGUAAAUGACUGUCGACAUGUUAAGUUUGUUGGUACUUUUCUAUCCAAAUACAGAUAAAUAAAAAUAAAAUCAAAUACAAUUAAGGUUUAGUCUUAACAUAAAACCAAAUUAAUCUAGUAUACGUACAUGUACGUGUAUUUAAAAUAUUUAUGGUAUGUAUAAUUAUUGUGUAAAAUAUUAAUGUUGCCACAUUUUUUGUACACAACCCAGGCAAAAAAGUUCAUUAAAAUAGGAUUUUUUGUAGAAUCAAAAGUGCACAUGCAUACUUAAAUGUGUACUUUUGUAUACGCAAGCUACAGUUUCAUAUAAUUUUAAUAGAAGAAGCCACAAUUUAGUCAAUAAAAUACCCUUAUUUACUUAACAAAUUAAAUAUUAAAAUAUUUAUUUAUUUACAUAAAUUAAAACAUUAAAAUACUUUAAGAUCAAUUGUUGGUACAUUAAUUUUACAUAGUUAACUAUUUAUUUCCUUAUCGUCUAGCCAAUUAUCAAUUUUUAUAAGCAAAUGCCUUGAAC